AUUUAUAUUCUUUGAAGCGGAAAAAAAAAAUCAGAGCACUGCGCCGCCGCUGCGUAGCACCGCGCGGAGGCAGGCGACCCGCCAGGCGCUUCCCGGCGAUGGCCGAGCGGUCGCGUCCGCGCCGCGCCGUGGACCACCGGCAUCGCCUUCGCCUCCGUCGGCUCCUCGUCCUCCUCCCGCUCGCUCUCCUCCUCUCGCAGCUCCCCGCGCUCCUCCUCCGCCGCGCCAACUCACUCGGCCGCCGGUGCCUGCCCGGCGCCCCCGACCGCCUCGUCCGGGGCCCCCGCCUCAGCCUCGCCAUCGUCACCCUCGCCGACGAGGGCGCGAGCGGGUCGCGCGCGCGGCGGUCCUUCCGCGGCGUGCUGGCGGCCACCGCGCGGAACAAGCGCGCGUACGCGGCGGCGCACGGGUACCGCCUCGUCGCGCUCCCCGCGUCCGCCGUCGACCCCAGGCGCCCGCCCAGCUGGAGCAAGGUCCUCGCGCUCCGCGCGCACCUCCGCCGCCACCACUGGCUCUUCUGGAACGACGCGGACACCCUGGUUACUAAUCCAGAAAUCCCGCUGGAGAGGAUUUUGUUCUCAGUGAUAGGACAUAGUGAUUUUGAUGACUCACCUGAUCUUGUUCUGACAGAAGAUUUCGGUGGUGUGAAUGCUGGAGUUUUCUUCAUAAGGAGGUCAAAAUGGAGUGAGAGGUUUAUGGAUACAUGGUGGAACCAGACUUCAUUUGUUCAGUUUGGUUCCACAAAAAGUGGAGAUAAUGCAGCACUAAAGCAUCUAAUUGAUCACUUAUCAGCUGAAGAAAUGCAAGCACAUGUUCGAAUAGCAAAAAUGCAGUGCCUCUUCAAUUCCUACCCUUGGGUCCUCACAUGGAAGUCGGCCCAUCGCCUCGUCUUCCACCUGCCAACUACAUGGAAAGGGGCUUAUUCAGAUGGAGACUUCAUGAUUCAUUUUGCUGGUUUGGAUGACAAGAAAGGUUGGACAAAUAAGAUUGUUGGAGAUAUAGAAACUCUAAGAUGAACCGUGUUAAACUCAUAGUUAGUCUAAGGAGAAACUAGAAGAUUAAGUAAAGGCCCUGGUUGAUCUGAUAUUCAGUGUUAUGGACAUGGUACAGCACGCCAGGUUGCCUUGGUCAGUAGUCAAAAUUGUGGCACCUGCAAGGUCAAACCGGGCAGCCAGAAGAUAUAUUGUGUGGAGCCACCGACCGACAAGUUAUUUCAAUGCCAGAGUGCCAGGAUGCCACUGUAAAAACUAACUCAGUGCCAACUACAUUAUUUACCAAGGCUGUGUUGACUCCCUGUCGAGAGUAAACCGUUCUCCAAACACAACAGAAUCUGCAUAACAGUGUCAGCAUGGAGGAGUCAGCUUCAGCAUCUACAGCAGAACUAAAGUAGACAGGAGAGUAGGUUUCGUGUAACAGGCUAGGCAGUUCCCAUGUUGUACAUUGUCUCAUUCUAAUUGUCAAUGAUUGCUCGACAAAGCAGUACAGGCGAUCUGCAUGGUUGUUUGUCCAAAACUUUUGGCUGCUACUAAACGCCAAUAUGCAGAGUGCUUGUUGAAAACUUGAAUUGAGGCAGGGAUCUGCAGUACGGUUAGUGCCA